AUACAAUUUUUAGACACUGCUUAAUAAGUGUUUUUCUAUAAAAUGCAUUAAUUGACAUUAUCACGCAACAAAAAAUUACUAUUUAAUUCGACAUUCCAAACAUAUUCAUAUCUCUACAUUCAGACGAAUUAAAAUCUGUCAACUUUGAAGAUGUCGAACAAUGAUGAAAGAUAAGGAAAAGUAAAACGUCAAAAGUCAAGUACACCAAACAAGGUUUGGUAGCUGUUACAUGUUGUUUUAAUAUGCUCCAGGUGCGGAAAACUUAAUUUUAAAUAUUUUGUGAAUGUUAUGUGAAGUCUUGAGUAGUGGAAAGCAAUACAUUUAAUGUCGGACGUAACUCAUCUACGGUAAACGCGGAAAAGUACAUGCAUCGGAGCACAAAACAGACGGAUUUUUAAUAUUGUACAUAUAUGCUUUUCUUUCUCGUGUUCUUGUUCGUUACCGACGACGGGAAAAAGUGAAUUUAUGUUUACAGUUAUUAGAACUGCUAAUAAGGACUCGUGAUUAAAUAUGUUGCCGUCAACCUUAGGGGCAUCUGCCCCAUUGAGUCCUCUUGCUCAAGCAACUCUUAAUAAACAUCUCCCCAAAUUUUCCAACAAACGGCUUUCCCAAUUCCAAACGUGUUUUAAACAACAAAUUCAAACAUCUGACGUUGCUUGUCUCACUGAUUUAAGCAGCAGCGAACAUAUACCUGAAGUGGAAAUAUUUUCACUACUGGAGGAGCAAAUACCGAAGUACAAAAUCCGAUCAGAUUUUCUAACUGAUUUUGCUGGAUAUUCAAAUCAUGAUUGGUAUGUCCCUUCACCAGCCCUUCAAAUUCCUACUGAUGGCCUCGGUCUAACAAAGGAACAAACAAGAGAGACGCUUAAUUAUUUUCAAAACUAUUGUACAAAAUGUAAACAAAUUCUUAAUGCCAAAGCCCAAACAACUUUUAUAACGAGUAAGCCAUCAAUCUCCAGUAAAGGAUUUGAGAACAGUUUUAAACUACUCGAGCGACAAGUUUCUAAAUCGCAAUACCUUAUUGGGAGUACCUGCAAAUCAAUCUUAAGUCAACACCAUUCACGAGAUACUACGAGACACUAUUCGACGCGUCUAGACAUUGAAUUGGAAACUGUUCAACGGCUUCAGAAUUUUUUGCAGAAAUUUGAACAUGGAGAUGGGCAUAGAAACUUGGUCGCACCUUUAGUAACAUUGUUGCAUGGCUUUUUAACAUACGGAAAGACGAAGGAGUUCCCUGGCGUUCAAGAUGACUCAAUUAAAAACGAUAUGUUGAUGUCAUAUGUUGACGCUGGUUUAAAUACUGAUCUUAAGUACUAUGCUGGAAUGGAUCCGUAUGGUAUAAAAUGUCUGAAAAUAGUUCAUCAGUUUUUAAAUCAAGAAGUUCUAUGUGGGAAUCGAGUAAGCCAAAUGACUCGUACAUACAACGAUAUUGAGGCUGUAACACGCCUUCUAGAAGAGAAGGAAAAAGAUUUGGAGUUAACAGUGCAAAUUGGAAAGGAGCUUCUGACGCAAAACAAUGCGCUGGAAAAUAGAAUAGCUGAUUUGGAAGCUGAUUUAAAAUCCGCUCAUGAGGAUCGGGCACAGCUUGUACACGAACUACAUAAGAAAAAUGAACUCAUUUCAGUUCUAACAAACGAUUGUGAGGAUUCCAGUGAUAAUGAUACUCCAACAUUUUCCAAAUCCAUUACAAUGGAUAUAUUACAAAAGAAGAUUAUUUCGUUGCAAGAUGAGAACAAAUCAUUAAAGAUAGAGGCAACCCAAUUAGCAAGUCAAACUGAUGAAGUGGAAGCGCAAGAGCGAAAAUUAAUGAAUGAUAUUGCAUCCCAACUAAAUGACGCGAACCAGCAGUUUGAUAGUGUUAAUUUGGAAUUGGAACGACAGCGUGAAGAAAAUCGUCUACAAUAUGAGCAAAUUGCUAGUCUAUCUUCUCGAUUAAUGGAAGCUGAAAUAAAAUUACACCAACUAACAAAUGAGAACGAGGAAAAUGUUAGCCUACUUAAUGUUACAAAAGAAAAUCAAAACAGUUUGGCAUUUGAGUUGUUAGAAUUUAAACAGCGUUACCAGGAGGUGUUAGCUUUGCUUCAGGAAGCUCAAGAACAGUUGCGAAAGCAACGAAAAAAGGCAAUGCCGCAAGCCCGCAGUUCUUUUAUGUCUUCAAUGAGUAUCUUGCAAUCAGACUCUUUGCAGUCUGAACUAAUGGAGUUGUCACUACAUUCAGAGCAUAGUAUAGACUCUGGGAUUUCCGGUGACACUAACCGUACCAAUGAUCGACUUGGGAGGCUGAUAUCGCAACUACCUGUAGCCGGCAGUGGUGCAACACAUUUGUUGGGUGCAAGCUUAACGCAGCCAUAUAAAAGAGUUUUCGAUACCGUUCGUUGUGCAACAAAAUGUGGCAAUUUUGCCGAUGUGGAUAGUAAUACAGCAAUGACACACCUUGGUGCAAUGUCUAUGAGCACGGCGUCCGGUCCUCGUAUGUCUACAAUGGCCAUGAAAAGUAAUAGUGGAGCAUAUGGCAUUAAUUCUGUAUUGAGUGAUACUAUGGGAUUGGGUGAAAAGACUUUGUCAUGUGAAAGUUUGAUAUCACAAUCAGAUGAUGGUUAUCCAUCUCAACCAUCUGGCGUUCCUGGAGUUCCGGGAGCUAAAGAACUCGAAGCUGCCCUCAAGAGGUUAACGCCUGCGGAAGUACUUGCACGACGCGCUAUGCUUUCGUAUGCCCCAGCUGGCACAUAUACUUAUGAAGAUGUUCAGACUACAACAAAUUUGCCUAUAGGAUUGCGCACACCAGACAGCAUUAUGUCGACUGGAUCUUCUGGUAUUUCGUCGUCAACAAAUAUGACAUCAUCUAUGCACCAAUGGCGUUUGCCAGAGAAAUUGCAAAUCGUAAAACCUAUAGAAGGUUCACAGACCCUACAUCACUGGUCACAGCUUGCAACACCCACAUUAAGUGGCCUUUUGGAGGAACGGCCUGGGGUUACCAUACGCGGAGGAAGGGGCCUUGAUGAUUUGGGGAUGCAAAUGUAUACAUUAUCCGACGUUGAAGAAGACAUCAGCGAAGAAUUGCCUGGAAAGCAAUAUGAGGUUGCAGGUUGUACAUAUACCUUCACAACAAGUAUUGUUAUGCAUCCCGAUGACGGCCUCUCAACUGACUUAUCCUUUUUGUCACAGUCUCAAGUAUCGUCAAGAUGUGCCUCUGCGUCAACUUCGCGACAACCAAGUUGCCCUCCUACACCAAGAUCUUGUCUUUCGAGAAAAAAUUCCUGUUCAACUUUUUCUGUAAAUUUAGGCUUAGCUUCAAUGUUGAACGAAAGAGGUAUCAAAGCUGUUACUCCAAGCGCCUUAAAUACACCCGCUGGUCCUAACUUUUCGCCCACAGUUACUCCAUGCAAUAGCCCUGAGGGAUCUCCGACGCGAUCCAUGUCUCCAGAGCCACUUUUUGGACUACUUUCAACAGGGGCGGAUUUAAUCAGAAGAAAAUUAGUCGGUGGUGAUUUAGACAGGCCAACUCGCAAUCAACAACAGCAGCAGAACCAGCAACAAAUUAUUUUGACUCGAUUAGAGAGGCGUGCAUUAAGAUCAUUGCGAUUGGUAGAGAAAGUCGAGAGAAUUGGUUUAGAGAAUAUUAUUACGACGCAGCCAAACCCUAUGUCCCAGUUGGCUAGUGGAAUUGCGAACAGAAGUGCAAGCCCCAUGGCCCAGUUAACCAGCCUCAAAAAUAUUCACACAAAUUCAAAUAAUAUUAUCAGUGAUUUGCAUUUUAAUAGACAUCAUAUAAAAGAUGUCCUUCAUAAAGGUCUACAUCCUCUUGAUGAAUCCCCGCAAAAGAAUAGACCACAGUCCUCCUGUUUACCAAAAUGUAGAGCAGUGACUUCAGCUGAAUCCCAAACAACCAGCCGGAUUCAAAAAACGCACGAAACAAUUGAACCUGAUGCACAAUGCACAGUUAAUAAUGCAACCGAUAUUGACAACUCAAACGUUCGCGUGAAGCAAAUGCAAAGACAAAAAUCUAGACGAAACUUGAAGAAUGGCCAAAGAUCUGAUUUGGGGACCAUUAGUGGACGAGUACGCACAGAUUUGGGACAUGUAGCAUCAAAGCAAUGUGAAACAACACUUACUAUGCAAAACACCCCGUCGUCAGCUCCAAAAUUAAUCAGAAAUCAUUCGCUCUCCGAUAAAUCUGAAACCAAAGAAGCUUCUCCAAGUAUUGCACAUUCAUUUGUGGGAUCUGUAAGCUCCUUGUUAUUUGGUCGCAAGGGUGGUUGGUUGUAGAUGGGAGAAUGCCAUGUAUAUUUAUUUGUUUUAAACGAAGUUUAUUAAAUUAAAAAGCACUAUACGCUUUAAUAAUCACAUUUGUAUCUAAGCAUAGACCGCUACCCACUUCUGAUAAAUGAAGGUUAAUGUAAAAGCAUUGUUUUUUCUGUAUUCUUUGUUAUUAAGCCUAUAUUUAUGUCCUCAUAAUUAUUUCUAUGUCCAAAUGCGCUGCUUGUACAUUUCUGGCAUACAAAUGGUGCGAUAUUUUUCUCUAAAAGGACUGAUCCGAAGCCGUUGUUUUUGUUUUAAAAAUGUUUGAUUCACAUUUGAGAAAAAUGUUUGAAGUUGACAACAUGCAAGAACACAACAUUAGAAUUGUUUGGAUUUGAACAAAAAUUUGGUUCUGUUACAUUUUUAAUAAACAUGUGAAACAAGUAA